AAUUCCUGACUUGCGGCAUAGUUCAGUGGACUUGAUCCGCGUCAAUUCGCUGUGCGUUUUUCGUCUCUUAAACAAUUGCGUUAAAUCGUAAGAUUCGCCUAAAACAACAUGAACAUCACGUCAGCAGCGGGAAUAAUUUCCCUACUGGAAGAGCCGAUGCCUGAGCUGAAGGUCUUCGCUCUGAAAAAACUCGAUCUCAUUGUGGACGAAUUCUGGCCUGAGAUAUCCGAGGCGAUUGAAAAAAUCGAAAUAUUGCACGAAGACAAGGGAUUCAAUCAGCAUGAGCUGGCAGCGCUCGUCGCCAGCAAAGUUUAUUACCAUCUUGGAAGUUUUGAGGAUUCUCUUACGUAUGCUCUUGGUGCUGGCGAGCUAUUCGACGUUAACGCUCGCAAUGAGUACGUCGACACGACAAUCGCCAAGUGCAUCGACUUUUACACUCAGCAGCGUGUUCUCGAAGCUGAAGGAAAGUCUGUGGCGUCUAGCAAGGCGAUCGAUCCGCGACUAGAGGGAAUUGUGAAUCGCAUGUUCCAGCGAUGUUUGGAUGACGGUCAGUACCGUCAGGCGCUAGGUCUUGCUCUCGAGACUCGCAGGAUGGACAUUUUCGAAGCUGCCAUUAUGCAGUCUGACGACGUAGCCGGCAUGCUGUCCUACGCUUUUCAAGUCGCUAUGAGCCUCAUUCAGAAUCGAGGAUUCCGCAACACGGUACUCAGGUGUCUCGUGAGCCUCUAUCGCAACCUGGGAACUCCUGACUACGUCAAUAUGUGUCAGUGUUUGAUCUUUCUUGACGAUCCGCUGGCUGUUGCGGAGCUUCUUGACAGAUUGAGCAAAGGUUCACAGGAGUUUUCGCUAAUGGCUUAUCAGAUCGCUUUCGAUCUGUACGAAUCUGCAACUCAGCAAUUCCUUGGACGUGUUCUUCAGGCGUUAAGAGCAACUGCACCGAUUCCCGCUGCGCUUAUGGUUAAACCUAUCAUAAAACCAGCCGUUAAAGCUACCGCCGAAAUACCGGCCGAUUCUCCGGCUGUCGAGACCGAACCGAACGGCAUUACUGCUGACGAAACUCCGCAGCGCAGCAUCGAAAGUUUGAAUGCCCAGGAACGAGAGCAGCAGGAGCGUGUGGAUGCGCUGUCGAGUAUUUUGGGUGGCGAGGUGUCGAUAGAUUUGCAUCUCCAAUUUUUAAUCCGCAGCAAUCACACCGAUAUGCUGAUUCUCAAGAAUACAAAAGACGCUAUCCGCGUGUCGAUUUGUCACACUGCGACUGUGAUAGCUAAUGCCUUUAUGCACUCAGGCACGACGAGUGAUCAAUUCCUUCGUGACAACUUGGAGUGGCUGGCUCGUGCCACAAAUUGGGCCAAGUUAACGGCCACGGCGUCGUUGGGUGUUAUACACAGAGGCCACGAGCAGGAAGCUCUGGCUUUGAUGCAGUCUUAUUUACCACGUGAGACUGGCGCUGGUGCCGGAUACUCAGAAGGAGGUGGACUCUACGCUUUGGGCUUAAUUCACGCCAACCAUGGAGCAACCAUCACCGAUUAUCUCCUUGGCCAGCUGAAGGAUGCACAAAACGAAAUGGUACGUCACGGCGGCUGCCUCGGACUUGGACUUGCGGCGAUGGGAUCCCACAGACAAGACGUCUACGAACAGCUUAAGUUCAAUCUGUAUCAAGACGACGCUGUGACUGGCGAAGCUGCUGGUAUCGCUAUGGGGAUGGUUAUGCUUGGUUCAAAGUCUACGCAGGCCAUUCACGACAUGGUGGUGUAUGCGCACGAAACACAGCAUGAGAAAAUACUGCGUGGUCUUGCUGUUGGUAUCGCAUUUACGAUGUACGGUAGACUCGAGGAAGCGGAUCCGCUCAUCGCAUCGUCGACUGCCGAUAAGGAUCCAAUCCUCCGAAGAAGCGGUAUGUACACCCUUGCGAUGGCCUACUGCGGAACAGGAAACAACCAGGCAAUACGGAAGCUUUUACACGUCGCGGUUUCAGACGUCAACGACGAUGUGAGGCGAGCCGCUGUCACCGGUUUGGGAUUCCUGCUGUUCCGAACCCCCGAACAGUGUCCCAGCGUCGUUUCGCUUCUCGCUGAGAGCUACAACCCCCACGUCAGAUACGGGGCUGCAAUGGCGCUGGGCAUUGCCUGCGCUGGAACAGGGUUGAAGGAGGCGAUCGCGUUGCUGGACCCAAUGACAAACGACCCUGUGAACUUCGUCCGUCAAGGAGCGCUGAUCGCCUCGGCGAUGAUCCUGAUACAGCAGACCGAAGCCACCUGCCCAAGGGUCAAAGAUUUCCGUGCCCUUUACGCAAAGGUCAUCGUCGACAAGCACGAGGACGUCAUGGCCAAGUUCGGCGCCAUUUUGGCCCAAGGAAUCAUCGACGCCGGCGGACGAAACGUGACGGUUUCUCUGCAAUCGAGAACCGGACACACGAACAUGCUGGCGGUGGUUGGUGCCCUGGUGUUCACUCAAUACUGGUACUGGUUCCCUCUGGCCCAUUGCCUGGCUUUGGCUUUCACGCCAACCUGCUUGAUCGCCCUGAACGCACAGCUCAAAAUGCCGAAGCUCGAAAUUCGUUCGAAUGCUCGACCAAGUGUAUACGCUUAUCCGGCACCACUCGAGGAAAAGAAACGCGAGGAAAGGGAAAAAGUCACCACCGCUGUUCUCAGCAUCGCCGCACGUGCUCGAAGGCGCGAAUCCGAAAGACGGGCUCGCGAUUCUCACGAGAAGAUGGAAGUGGAUCCGUCUCCGUCCGAGACGAAGGAAUCGGUAGAGAUGAAGGAGGAGAAAAAGGAGGACAAGAAAAAGGACAAGGAGGAUAAGGAUAAGGCGGACAAAAAAGCCGCGGGAAGCAGCAAGGACGAUGGUGGAGAGAAGAGCGAGAAGGAGAAGGAAAAGGAAAAGGAAAAGGAAAAGGAAAAGGAAAAGGAGAAGGAGAAGAAGGAACCCGAACCGAAUUUCGAGAUCUUACAGAAUCCCGCUCGCAUCAUGCGCCAACAGUUGAAACUGAUUUCUCUCGUUCCCGGAAGUCAGUACGCUCCUGUUAAGGAUGUCGGAAUUGGCGGCAUCGUCAUGGUCAAGCACAUCAAGCCCGAGGCCGAAGAGGAACUCGUGGAACCUGUUGCUGCAUUCGGUCCAAAACCGGACGAAGAAAAAGAGGCCGAAGCUCCGGAACCGUUCGAGUACAUCGAAGAUUAAA